CCGCGCGACGUGUACGAGGACGAGCUGGUGCCGGUGUUCGAGGCCGUGGGCCGCAUCUACGAGCUGCGCCUCAUGAUGGACUUCGACGGCAAGAACCGCGGCUACGCCUUCGUCAUGUACGGCCACAAGCACGAGGCCAAGCGCGCCGUGCGCGAGCUCAACAACCACGAGAUCCGCCCGGGCCGCCUGCUGGGCGUGUGCGGCAGCGUGGACAACUGCCGCCUGUUCAUCGGCGGCAUCCCCAAGACCAAGAAGCGCGAGGAGAUCCUGGACGAGAUCGCCAAGGUCACGGACGGCGUGCUGGACGUCAUCGUCUACGCCAGCGCGGCCGACAAGAUGAAGAACCGCGGCUUCGCCUUCGUGGAGUACGAGAGCCACCGCGCCGCGGCCAUGGCGCGCCGCAAGCUCAUGCCCGGCCGCAUCCAGCUCUGGGGCCACCAGAUCGCCGUGGACUGGGCGGAGCCCGAGAUCGACGUGGACGAGGACGUGAUGGAGACCGUGAAGAUCCUGUACGUGCGCAACCUCAUGAUCGAGACCACCGAGGACGCCAUCCGCCAGCGCUUCGGCCAGUUCAACCCCGGCUGCGUGGAGCGCGUCAAGAAGAUCCGCGACUACGCCUUCGUGCACUUCGCCAGCCGCGAGGACGCCGUGCGCGCCAUGCACAGCCUCUGCUGGGCCAGGAUUGAGCCUAGCAGAGGCAUCUGUACUAGCCCCCUAAAGAACAAGGCAAUAGCCACCUGCAACUUGGACUCGGGGCAGACGUGCAGCAUUAGAGGCCGAGGGCGCGGAGCGGCCGGCAACAGAGCCCCGGGGCCCAGGGGCUCCUACCUCGGGGGGUACUCUGCUGGCCGCGGCAUAUACAGCCGAUAUCAUGAAGGGAAAGGAAAGCCGCAGGAGAAAGGAUAUGAGCUUGUGCCGAACUUGGAGAUCUCCACCGUCAAUCCGGUUGCCAUUAAGCCCGGGGCAGUCGCCAUCCCUGCCAUCGGGGCCCAGUACUCCAUGUUUCCAGCGGCCCCAGCCCCUAAGAUGAUCGAAGAAGGCAAAAUCCACACCAUGGAACACAUGAUCAGCCCCAUCGCGGUGCAGCCAGACCCCGCCAGUGCUGCAGCCGCCGCCGCCGCAGCCGCCGCCGCCGCUGCUGUCAUUCCUGCUGUGUCGACGCCACCCCCGUUCCAGGGCCGCCCAAUCACUCCAGUGUACACGGUGGCCCCGAAUGUUCAGAGAAUCCCCGCGACCGGGAUCUACGGUGCCAGUUACGUGCCAUUCGCUGCUCCGGCCACUGCCACCAUCGCCACACUACAGAAGAACGUGUAUGGGGGCUACGCCGGCUACAUACCUCAGGCCUUCCCCGCUGCCACAAUCCACGUCCCCGUCCCCGACAUCUACCAGACGUACUGA